CCUACAGAACCGUGUCGGGUGUGAAUGGUCCCCUGGUUAUCUUGGAUCAAGUUAAGUUUCCCAGGUACGCAGAGAUUGUCCACCUGACUCUUCCUGAUGGCACGAGAAGAAGUGGGCAGGUUCUGGAAGUCAGUGGCUCCAAAGCUGUGGUCCAGGUAUUUGAAGGAACUUCAGGUAUUGAUGCUAAGAAAACCUCUUGUGAGUUUACUGGGGACAUUCUUCGAACCCCAGUCUCUGAGGAUAUGCUUGGCAGAGUAUUUAAUGGAUCAGGAAAACCUAUAGACAGAGGCCCCAUUGUUUUGGCUGAAGAUUUCCUUGACAUAAUGGGUCAGCCAAUCAAUCCUCAGUGUCGUAUCUAUCCAGAAGAAAUGAUUCAGACUGGCAUUUCUGCUAUAGAUGGGAUGAACAGCAUUGCCAGGGGACAGAAAAUUCCCAUAUUCUCAGCUGCUGGCUUGCCCCACAAUGAGAUUGCAGCUCAGAUCUGUCGCCAGGCUGGCUUAGUGAAGAAAUCUAAAGAUGUGAUGGACUACACUGAAGAAAACUUUGCCAUCGUGUUUGCUGCUAUGGGUGUGAACAUGGAAACUGCUCGGUUCUUCAAAUCAGACUUUGAGGAGAACGGGUCCAUGGACAAUGUGUGUCUGUUCCUCAAUUUGGCCAAUGAUCCCACCAUCGAACGCAUCAUCACCCCACGUCUGGCUCUGACCACAGCAGAGUUCUUGGCCUACCAGUGUGAGAAGCACGUGCUGGUGAUCCUGACAGACAUGAGCUCCUACGCCGAAGCGCUGCGGGAGGUCUCAGCAGCCCGAGAGGAGGUGCCUGGCCGCCGUGGCUUCCCGGGCUACAUGUACACGGACUUGGCUACUAUAUACGAGCGUGCCGGGCGUGUGGAAGGCAGAAAUGGUUCCAUCACUCAGAUUCCUAUUCUGACCAUGCCCAACGAUGAUAUCACUCAUCCUAUCCCUGACUUGACUGGAUACAUCACUGAGGGACAAAUCUACGUGGACAGGCAGCUGCACAACAGGCAGGUUUACCCCCCUAUUAAUGUCUUGCCCUCCUUGUCUCGACUGAUGAAGUCAGCUAUUGGAGAGGGUAUGACCAGGAAGGAUCAUGCAGAUGUGUCCAACCAGCUGUAUGCCUGCUAUGCUAUUGGGAAGGAUGUCCAGGCUAUGAAGGCUGUCGUGGGUGAGGAAGCCCUCACUUCAGAUGAUCUUCUUUACCUGGAGUUCCUGCAGAAGUUUGAGAAGAACUUCAUAGCUCAGGGUCCCUAUGAAAACCGCACGGUGUAUGAGACCUUGGACAUCGGGUGGCAGCUCCUGAGGAUCUUCCCCAAGGAGAUGCUGAAGAGGAUUCCUCAGACAACACUGGCUGAGUUCUACCCUCGAGACUCGACUGCAAAACACUAGCCACAGCUUCCUCUCUUAACUCCUUGCUCUGUCAAAUGCUGUUUGUUUUCCUUUUUCAUGUGUUGGUGUUUACUUGUUGCCCUUACAAUUAAAACCAGGAAUAGUUGACACUUGUGCCAGUGUUCCAAUGUACACUGAUACCAGUUUUUAAAAUAUCCCUUCUUCCAAAGCCUGGAUCUUCAGGAAAAUAUUGAGGCCAGCUCUUAUAAAUGUGCAAUAGCUGUCACAAAGCUUGGUUUUUGUUCUUUUUUUUUGAACUGGACCUUU